GUACUUGAUGUCCGUGAAUCUGCGCGUGCUGCGCUCUUCGUGAGGCCGCCGUCGUUGGCCGUGCGUCAUGCCGUUUUGUGAAGACAAAUCAACACAGCAUUGAAACAAACAAGGAUAAAAACUCAUUUAAGAGGCAUGCUGUGGUAGACGAGUGUUGGUGGAAUAAGAGAGUCUCCAGCGUUGAAAAGUUACCCUGGUAGUGGAGGUAGUGAGGUAGGUAACAUUUACGCAUUUUCGGUUUAAUUACUUAACAGAAAGUUAGCUGCUACGUUAGCUUUAGCAGCUUCGUCCACGCUGGGCCUCCUCAUCAACAUCGAGGGUGUCUUUGCAGAUACUAAUACGGCUUCUGAGUAUUAAAAUAACCAUAUACUUCAAGUUUUCUCCGUGCAGUUUGUUUGGUUUAUGUUGAGUUUGGACCGAGAUACAUUUAAAAGCAGUGCGUAAUGGAGCAGUUUGUGCCGCAUUGGAGGCCAUGUUGUGACACAGACCGUAAUUCACACAAACUCUUGAUAUGGCGGGUUUUCAAUAAAAUCAUGUUUCAAACUAGGUUAUUUUUUAAUGCAAUGCGAGGAGAAGGUUUAAGCUGAUUCUAUUCAAUAUCAUUCAUUUCAAGGGUUUGAUUCUUUGCGGAUUAUGUGAUGUAAGUGUUUGUCUGGCUAACUAGUAUUGUUUAAACGGGAACACUUUGGAGAGUGAGAUCAAAACUUUUGGACAGGCCAAAGGAAAUAAAGCUCAGGUGUUCAUACUAUUAUGACUGGUUGGGGUUUAUAAUUCUGUAUGCAUCAACCUAAAUUCCCCAAGUUUUUGAAAACAGAUACCUGAGAACAAACCACUCAAACAAAGCAUUUUUCUGCCCUCCUCAGUGAGCCGCCAUGGCAGCUACCUUCCCCUACAGAGGGGUCCCUCCCGGGAUGCCACCAGGUGUUCCCCCUCCUGCCCCAGUCCCAGACUACAUGACUGAGGAAAAACUGCAAGAGAAAGGUGGGUUGACUUUCAGCUGGUGCAGCAUGUAGUCAUCUUGUUCAUGUCAACUUCAAUGUUUUACACUUCUUCUAAUUCUACAGCAAGAAAAUGGCAGCACUUGCAAGCAAAGCGCUACUCGGAGAAGAGAAAGUUUGGCUUUGUGGAUGCUCAGAAAGAAGACAUGCCACCUGAACAUGUCCGCAAGAUCAUCAGGGACCAUGGAGACAUGACCAACAGAAAGUUUCGCCAUGACAAGAGGGUGUAUCUUGGGUAAGACAGAGUCCUUCUGUGUAAAAAGAGUGGAUCCAAAAUCCUGCGCAGAAGUCUUUUCUCCUUUUUACUAAAUAACAAAGUUGGGGAUAAUGUAAUGCAUAUUUAAGCCUUAAACUGAUUUGUUCAAAAGCUUACCCUUUUGGAGGUAUAUUGAGGGUUUCCAGACAUUUCUACACCUGCCACAAUGUUUACAAUCCAGCCACAAAUAUAGGUGUUUGAUCAGAGAUGUUUGAUGGGAAAUCUGCAGUGAUAUACUGCCGAAAACAUGAUUUACAAGCAGAGAAGAGAUUAUGAGCAGUAUGAUGUGGCCUUCUGUCUCAUCUCAGACAGGAACUACUUCAAAGAGUGGUAUACACAACUGUAAAUAGCAAAAAACGCCUGGAAGAAGUAGUGUAAACAUCUAAAUAGCUUCUGUUGUGCCUUUGUUCCAAUCCGAAUAUUUCUUCUCCUGAUAGCCGAGACUUAACAUAAUGAUGUGCAGGUGAGAAAAGGCUCGGUCACUGUAGAUUUAUGUGUUUUUUGAGCAAAGUACUGUUUGUAUCAAUUUCUGUUUUUGUUUUUUGGUUGACUUUGAUGGUUCUGGAUGUACUGUCACAUUUAUUUUUGCACAUAUAAACUGACAGCUGAGCUUGUCCUGAAAAAAAAAGAUGUGUGUGUAUUUGCUGUGCUUGAAAAGAUCUUUUAAAGUUUUUACCUUUUUGAGUGAAAAGUUUUUAAAAAUUGCGGUAACACAUCCUGUCUCUCUUUUUUUAAUCAACAGUGCUCUGAAGUACAUGCCCCAUGCUGUGCUGAAGCUGCUGGAAAACAUGCCUAUGCCAUGGGAGCAGAUCAGAGAUGUUCCUGUCCUCUACCACAUCACAGGAGCUAUUUCCUUUGUGAAUGAGAUCCCCUGGGUCAUAGAGCCAGUGUACAUCGCUCAGUGGGGGUAAGAGAGAGAAUAUUACUGUGUGCUGACCAAACUCUAGCUCUACUAUCACUGUGUCAUUAUUGUAGUCCACGGCAAUGGCAGAUUUAUAUUACAUUUUAUUUUAAAUAUAUUUUUAAAGUUGGUAUCCCUAUUUCCCCUCCCAGCACCAUGUGGAUCAUGAUGCGUCGAGAGAAGCGUGAUCGUCGGCAUUUCAAGAGGAUGCGAUUUCCACCAUUUGAUGAUGAGGAGCCGCCGCUGGACUACGCUGACAACAUCCUCGAUGUUGAGCCACUGGAGGCCAUUCAGAUGGAGCUGGACCCAGAGGAGGACUCGUCAUGCGUAGAGUGGUUCUACGAGCACCAGCCCCUCAAAGACACGACAAAGUGAGCUGCUGUCUCAAUCAAGGGGAAAUUCAGAUUCACACAUCAAGUUGAUAUGAUGCUGGUAAAUCCAUCCGUAACUCAUUUGUGCCCUUUUCAGGUUUGUGAAUGGCACCACCUACCGUCGCUGGCAGUUCACAUUGCCCAUGAUGUCCACGCUGUACCGGCUUGCAAAUCAGCUGAUGACAGACCUGGUGGAUUUCAACUACUUUUAUCUGUUUGACCUCAAGGCCUUUUUCACUUCCAAGGCUUUAAAUAUGGCCAUUCCUGGGGGACCGAAAUUUGAGCCGCUGGUCAGGGACAUCAACCUCCAGUAAGGACCUCCUUCACUUUUUACACUACUCAGUUAUUCCAGCCACAUAGCAUCGACCCCUCUUGCAUGCUCAUACAUUUGAACACUUUUUCAUAGUUUUCUCUUAAAUGUGAAAGUUAUUGAUAAAUUUUGAUAUAAUAAUCGUGCCUUACCUCCAAUAAAAAAUUGGUUACGAAUAGAUGGCCUGCGAUUUUUGCCUAAGCUGAUUUUUAUCUUUGCUGCCUGCAGGGAUGAAGACUGGAAUGAGUUCAAUGACAUCAACAAGAUCAUCAUUCGGCAGCCAAUCAGAACAGAGUACAAAAUCGCCUUCCCCUACCUGUACAACAACUUGCCGCAUCAUGUCCACCUCACCUGGUAAGAAAUUGUAGAUUUAUGUAUUUUACCAGUGAUACAGUCAUUUUGCCUCCAAGUUAACCUAAGUGAAAACAGUUCAGGUGUUUCUUCUUUAAAGUAACUCUCAUUGUAACAACUAAGUGGAUUCUUAUGGCUUCAUUCCUGCAGGUAUCACACACCCAAUGUGGUCUUUAUUAAGACAGAAGAUCCAGAUCUCCCGGCGUUUUACUUUGACCCGCUGAUCAACCCCAUUUCUCACAGACAUUCUGUCAAGGUAUGUUUGCAUGAUCAUGGCUUAUUUCACAUUAUAUACCUCUACCAGCUGUAAAAAGUUAAAUGUAAAUUUAAGGAGCGUCGAUGGUCCUCUUACAAAGGCGCACUUGCAUUGGUCUGCUUGCCUGUGCGUAAGAACUAGAGGGAUAUUGAAAUGACUGGUGACUUUAAUAUAUCGCUGGUUGCAUUUGCAGUUAGCCCUUCACCAAUCAGACAUCGCUCAAGAUGACCAGAAAGUUAGAUUACAAAUUAUUUAGCUGAACUCCAAUGAAAUGAAAGCCAUGAAAUCAUUCAGUUUGUUUAUUUACAUCUCAAUUUGAACUCUCAUUUGCUAUGUUCUCCGAUUGCUCAGAGUCAGGAGCCUUUACCCGAUGAUGACGAGGAGUUUGAGCUGCCUGAGUACGUGGAGCCCUUCCUCAAAGAAACCCCACUCUACACAGACAACACAGCCAAUGGCAUUGCUCUGCUGUGGGCUCCCAGACCCUUCAACCUCCGAUCUGGCCGGACGAGAAGAGCCAUUGACAUUCCUCUGGUCAAGAACUGGUGAGGAGAUUAGAAAGAUGCUGGACUAGAUGUUUGAUGGUGCUAUAUUAGGAAACUAACAGGUUGUCAUUGUGGAUUCUUAUAAUUUGUCAACAUCUCUCAGUUGCAAAAUUGUGUGUUGUGAUAAUCCACAGGUACCGGGAGCACUGCCCCGCAGGACAGCCUGUGAAAGUACGCGUGUCCUACCAGAAACUGCUCAAGUACUACGUGCUCAAUGCUCUGAAACAUAGACCACCCAAAGCUCAGAAGAAAAGGUGAGCCUCACUGGAGAACUUAUAAUUACUGAGCACUUGUCCUCAUAAUCGAAAAUCUGCUCAUCACUUAUGUUUCGAUCAGUAAAACUCCUCUCCUCUGUUGUCUUGCAGGUAUCUGUUCCGCUCUUUCAAAGCCACCAAGUUCUUCCAGUCCACAAAGCUGGACUGGGUGGAGGUGGGUCUGCAGGUGUGCAGACAGGGCUACAACAUGCUCAACCUGCUCAUCCACCGUAAGAACCUCAACUACCUGCAUCUGGACUACAACUUUAACCUGAAGCCUGUCAAGACUCUGACCACAAAGGUGAAAAUCCUCAUUUGAGCUUGAAUUACCAACAAAAAUGAUUGAUUUAAACCAAAAUUAUUCACAUUAACCAUUUUAUUAAGGUUUGAUGCGCAAAUUAACUCACAACUGUUGUCUUAUUCCUGACUCCCAGGAGCGUAAGAAGUCCCGUUUCGGAAAUGCCUUCCAUCUGUGCAGAGAGGUGCUCCGUCUCAGCAAGCUGGUGGUGGACAGCCACGUUCAGUACAGACUGGGAAAUGUCGACGCCUUUCAGGUUCGUUCAGGAAUACAUUCUGUUUUUAUCUGAGUUACGUCUGAGGGUGGAUGAUUUUAAUGUUUCCAAUUCGACUGAACUCAUUCUGUUCCCUGUAGCUGUCUGAUGGACUGCAGUACAUCUUCGCCCACGUGGGUCAGCUGACUGGAAUGUACCGCUACAAGUACAAGUUGAUGAGACAAAUCAGGAUGUGCAAAGACCUGAAGCAUCUCAUCUACUAUCGCUUCAACACUGUAAGUAAACGCACCUUUAACUCAGUGUAGUUAUCAUUUAUGUGUUGAGGAUGUUAAUCUGUCAGGGUUUUUUUUAUCCAUUUUAACAGGGUCCAGUGGGCAAAGGUCCGGGUUGUGGCUUCUGGGCUCCUGGCUGGAGAGUGUGGCUGUUCUUCAUGAGAGGAAUCACUCCUCUGCUGGAGAGGUGGCUUGGAAAUCUGCUGGCUAGGCAGUUUGAAGGUAUGCGUGUUAACUCCUCUGCUGUUAGGAUGCACAGCCGUUUGUAUUGACAGGAAUAUUACAGCUAAACAACAACUUUUCCAUCCACCCCCAACAGGACGUCACUCCAAGGGUGUAGCCAAGACUGUGACCAAGCAGCGUGUGGAGUCUCACUUUGACCUGGAGUUGCGUGCUGCCGUGAUGCACGACAUCUUGGACAUGAUGCCCGAGGGUAUCAAACAGAACAAGGCCAGAACCAUCCUGCAGCAUCUCAGUGAGUCCUGGAGGUGCUGGAAGGCCAACAUUCCCUGGAAGGUCAGCGCUUUACCUAAAAUGCUAAAGAUUUGAGAAGACAUGCUCUUUGUGUCGUUCAUUUUUUUAAUCUUUGCUUUUUUUGUGGUUUGAGUUCCUGAAUGGAUUUUUAUUUUGAUUACAGCAGGUAACUAAACCAGACUGUCGCUGUGAUUUCAUUAAUAUUUAAGUAUUUCCCUCUUGUUAAAGGUGCCCGGCCUUCCCACACCGAUUGAGAACAUGAUCCUGCGUUAUGUGAAGGCCAAAGCUGACUGGUGGACCAACACCGCCCACUACAACCGUGAGCGAAUCCGUCGUGGGGCCACUGUGGACAAGACGGUGUGCAAGAAGAACCUGGGGAGACUGACCCGUCUUUACCUGAAGGCUGAGCAGGAGAGGCAGCACAACUACCUGAAGGUAACAUGUCGUUGACAGUUGAGAGGUUAUAUUUUUGUGUAUUUCAGCCUGUGUUUGAAUCGACUUCAACAAAUGCUGUAAUGUGGCUUUAUUUUCAGUCUGUUCAAAUCAAAUGUCCUCUUACAAAGGCGCACUUGCAUUGGUCUGCUUGCCUGUGCGUAAGAACUGGAGGAAUAUUGAAAUGACUGGUGACUCUUUCAUCACCGGCUGCAGCUGUAGUCGACCUCUCACCGCUCAGACAACAACUCUUGUCUUUUCAAAGAUUGGACUUUAAAUUUUGAUUUUUCUUCUGUUCAUAUGUGUAACAAAGUUUUGUGUUUCUGCGUUCAGGAUGGACCCUACAUCACAGCUGAAGAGGCGGUUGCCAUCUACACCACCACUGUCCACUGGCUGGAGAGUCGCCGGUUCUCCCCCAUCCCGUUCCCUCCUCUGUCCUACAAACACGACACCAAGCUGCUCAUCCUGGCCCUGGAGAGACUGAAAGAGGCAUACAGGUAGACAAGACUCGCAACGAAUUUGAUCAGCAUAUACUUCUCCUCUGUUUUUGUGUUAACACUGAUUUGUGUGUCUGUGUUCUCCCAGUGUGAAGUCUCGUCUCAACCAGAGUCAGAGGGAGGAGCUGGGGCUGAUCGAGCAGGCGUACGACAACCCUCACGAGGCUUUGUCCAGGAUCAAGCGUCACCUGCUGACACAGAGAGCCUUCAAAGAGGUCAGGAGGAAAACUAUGAGUGAAAACAUCGAGAUAAAAUAAAUAAAAAUUAGGCUUUUAUUUUCUUUUCAUAUUAUGUCUUUUUUUUUUUACCCUUUUACAUUGUUGGUCUUAUUACUCCAAAUUUUCUGUAUUUUAAAUUGUGUUUCUUGUAAAGCGUCUUUAUGCACCUGUAAAAGCGUGUUAUAAAUAAAAUGUAUUAUUAUCAUUAUUAUUACGUGACUUCAAAAUAGUGAGGACUGAGUUUUUGGAACCGCAGAAUUAUUUUGCAGGGAGCAUUGUUAUGAAAAAAAAACCACAUUUGUUAAUUUUGCUCGCCCUCUUUUUUUCAGGUGGGAAUCGAGUUCAUGGACUUGUACAGUCACUUGGUUCCUGUGUAUGACGUGGAGCCGCUGGAGAAGAUCACUGAUGCCUACCUUGACCAGUACCUGUGGUACGAGGCAGACAAGAGACGCCUCUUCCCGCCCUGGAUCAAACCUGCAGACACUGAACCGCCACCGCUGCUGGUCUACAAGUGGUGCCAAGGUUGGGCUCAUCUCAGUGCUACCUCAACAAACAUUUAGAUGGAAAUCAGCUUUGUGGUUUAGUUACGAAUCCUAUGAGACUUUAUCUGAAGGGAGUUUGUCUAUUUGUUCCAGGCAUCAACAACUUGCAGGAUGUGUGGGAGACCGCCGAGGGAGAGUGCAACGUGAUGCUGGAGUCUCGUUAUGAGAAGAUGUAUGAGAAGAUCGAUCUGACGCUGCUGAACAGGCUGCUGCGUCUCAUCGUCGAUCACAACAUCGCUGACUACAUGACCGCCAAGAACAACGUGGUCAUCAACUACAAAGUAAAUCCACUCAUUCGUGAAUCACUGCUUAAUCUCUAACUGUUACAACAUGUCCUCUAAUUCUUGCUCCGUGUUUUCUCCUGUCUGAGUAGGACAUGAACCACACCAACUCCUACGGCAUCAUCAGGGGGCUCCAGUUCGCCUCAUUCAUCGUUCAGUACUACGGCCUGGUGAUGGACCUGCUGGUGCUCGGUUUGCACCGUGCCAGCGAGAUGGCAGGUCCACCUCAGAUGCCGAACGACUUCCUGAGCUUCCAGGACACGGUGACGGAGAGCGCCCACCCGAUCCGACUGUACUGCAGAUACAUCGACCGCAUCCACAUCUUCUUCAGGUGGGUUCGGUCACUGAGACGAUAAAUGACAGAUGUCCGUGUAUAUUUGACUCUGCUGUGGCUGUAAAAGGAGAGUUCUGGAGCUGAAUUUUGUCUCUGUACCAUUAGGUUCUCUGCCGACGAAGCCAGGGAUCUGAUUCAGAGGUACCUCACCGAGCACCCAGACCCCAACAACGAGAACAUAGUGGGCUAUAACAACAAGAAGUGUUGGCCUCGUGACGCCCGGAUGAGGCUGAUGAAGCACGAUGUCAACCUGUGAGUUCAAACAGCCAAAAAACAGUAUGUUAUGUGGGUCGUACCAACUUUGGCGACAGAUGGCUGUAACUUUUCUCAUCUUCCUUUUCCACAGUGGACGAGCCGUGUUCUGGGACAUCAAGAACCGCCUGCCCAGAUCCGUGACCACAGUUCAGUGGGAGAACAGCUUCGUGUCAGUCUACAGCAAAGACAACCCCAACCUGCUCUUCAACAUGUGCGGGUUUGAGUGCCGCAUUCUGCCCAAGUGCCGCACCAGCUACGAAGAGUUCACUCACAAGGACGGCGUGUGGAACCUGCAGAAUGAGGUGAGGUCGCCUGCUAACAGCUCACACUUUAAUCUGAAGGCACAGCUGCUGUCUUUGUUUAAUGUUUUUGAUUUAUAUUGAUUGUUUAUUGUAUGUGUAGGUAACCAAAGAGAGGACAGCCCAGUGUUUCCUGCGUGUUGAUGAUGAGUCAAUGCAGCGCUUCCACAACAGGGUGCGUCAGAUCCUGAUGGCCUCUGGUUCCACCACAUUUACCAAGGUAAGAAGACUCCCUCAUGCAUAAAUAAAACAAAAAAACAUAGCAUACAGUGUAGAAAAUAACAGCAUGGAUGAUUACCCUGCCGUAAAGUUUCAGUCUUUUCUGUCUCUGCCUCCAGAUUGUGAACAAAUGGAACACGGCUCUGAUCGGUCUCAUGACCUAUUUCCGUGAAGCCGUGGUGAACACACAAGAGCUCCUGGACCUGCUGGUGAAGUGUGAAAACAAGAUCCAGACCCGUAUCAAGAUCGGCUUGAACUCCAAAAUGCCGAGUCGCUUCCCUCCUGUGGUCUUCUACACUCCUAAAGAGUUGGGCGGCCUUGGCAUGCUGUCCAUGGGCCACGUCCUGAUCCCACAGUCAGACCUGCGGUGAGUCAGCUGGAAUUCUCACCCUGUCUUUGUCUGUUCAUUAAGGAAACUGGGAUUUCAUUCUUCCUCUCUUCUUUCAGGUGGUCCAAGCAGACGGAUGUGGGCAUUACCCACUUCAGGUCUGGAAUGAGCCAUGAAGAAGACCAGCUGAUUCCUAACCUGUACCGGUACAUUCAGCCAUGGGAGAGCGAGUUUAUCGACUCCCAGAGGGUUUGGGCUGAGUACGCCCUCAAAAGACAGGAGGCCAUCGCCCAGAACAGGUACCUUCUUUCUGCUCCACUUUUAAAUCACAAAAUCUUUCUAAAACCUUAAAAUUUAAGACCUGCUGCUUUCAGAUCAUCCUUAAUUUAGUGUUUUAAGAAUGUGAUCCGAAACUAGAUUAUGCCAACUGUGCUUUUUUUGUGUUUCAGGCGUCUGACCCUGGAGGAUUUGGAGGACUCAUGGGACAGAGGAAUCCCUCGUAUCAACACACUCUUCCAGAAGGACAGACACACACUGGCCUAUGACAAAGGCUGGAGAGUCAGGACGGAUUUCAAACAGUACCAGGUUUGUUUUAGGCACUUGUGUGGAAAUGUACAUUACAUGAUAUUGUGUGGAGUCUUGUUGUGAUAAUACUAUAGAGUCUAGUCAAGGAAUUAUGAUUAAUAACGGUUAAACCAAAGAAGAUUAAGAGUCUAAAGUCUUGCUGUGAUCCUUUGAGAACAAAACCCGUGUAACGUUUGGCCUGAAAAAGAGGCCAGAGGAGAAAACGUGAUUUUGAGCAAAACAGACUUAGCUUACUUUUCCAGCACACAUGUACCAGGGAUUUUAUUUUAACAUCUAUCAAUCACACUUUGGUUAUUAAUGUAUAAAAAAAUAUCACUUUUUCAUGGAUGUACGAGUAUAUUUACUGAUGGCACACUCUUGGUUGGGCUCAGGUGUUGAAGCAGAAUCCGUUCUGGUGGACCCACCAGAGACACGAUGGCAAACUGUGGAACCUGAACAACUACCGCACAGAUAUGAUCCAGGCGUUGGGCGGUGUGGAGGGCAUCCUCGAACACACACUCUUCAAGGGCACUUACUUCCCUACUUGGGAGGGUCUUUUCUGGUAAGACCACCUACAGAAAGAACUUCAGUGUUAGAUUUUCUGUUCUGUUUGGCUUGAUUUCUCCUGUUCUCACUGAAACAAAUCUGUGGAUUUCCCUCAUAAUAAAGCAUGAACUGUAUCAAUUUGUGAACUUCUCAGGGAAAAGGCCAGUGGUUUUGAGGAGUCCAUGAAAUGGAAGAAGCUGACCAAUGCCCAGAGGUCUGGUCUGAACCAAAUUCCCAACCGUCGUUUCACACUUUGGUGGUCCCCAACCAUCAACAGAGCAAACGUUAGUACAACUCUUCCUAGAUUUGUUUUUUAAGUUUUGCUGCUUUUGUUAGAAAAAAAAAAUCAAGCUUUAAAGACUAAAUAUUUGAACAUGUUUCGUUGGCUCGCAUCUAAACUCUUUCUCCUCUGAUUUUAGGUGUAUGUGGGUUUCCAGGUACAACUUGACCUGACUGGAAUCUUCAUGCACGGCAAGAUCCCCACACUGAAGAUCUCCCUCAUUCAGAUCUUCAGGGCUCACUUGUGGCAGAAGAUUCACGAGAGCAUUGUCAUGGAUCUCUGUCAGGUGGGUUUUGUUUUGCUUUGCACCUACUUCAUCAUGGACAAACUUUUAUCGCCACAGAAGCAGAAAAAUAACAAGCCAUGGAAUGUUCCUAACAACUUGCUCUGUUCUCGUUUCCAGGUGUUUGAUCAGGAGCUGGAUGCUCUGGAGAUUGAGACAGUGCAGAAAGAGACCAUCCACCCCAGGAAGUCUUACAAGAUGAACUCAUCCUGCGCGGACAUCCUCCUCUUUGCCUCAUACAAGUGGAACGUCUCUCGGCCAUCUCUGCUUGCUGACUCAAAGUGAGACUUCAGAAACAUUAUUUUUGUAACUCUAAAUACAGUUUAUGACACAGCUCUUAAAGAGUCUCAAUAUUCAAAGUGUUUUAAAGGUCUUGAUCUGUGUUUUAAAACAGGGACGUCAUGGACAGCACCACCACACAGAAGUACUGGAUUGACAUUCAGCUGCGCUGGGGUGACUAUGACUCACAUGACAUUGAGCGCUACGCCAGAGCCAAGUUCCUGGACUACACCACAGACAACAUGAGUAUCUACCCGUCCCCCACUGGGGUGCUGAUUGCUAUCGACCUGGCUUACAACCUCCACAGGUUAGAUUAUUAUUAGCAUGAACAUUUGACCUUUUAUGAUUGCAGACACUGGCUGCUUGUUGUACAUGAGAACAUGAAAAUAAGGUUCUGUAAAGUUCCUCUAGUCAUAUAACUUUAAUUAGGUUUUCUAAUAAUUUUUAGUUAUUAAGGGCAAGCUGCAUUGUUAUAUUGUGUUUGAGAAUAAACCAGAAAUCUGUCAGGCUAGUGCCAGACAGCGCUGUGGACUUUGGCACCCACUUGUUCAUGUCAGCAAGCAUGCUGUACAAGAGCCUCUGCAGUCUUCACAUUGGCUUCUAAACUUGUUUGAGAUUAAAUGAACUUUGACCGAAUUUAAACAACUGUUACAAACCAAAGCCUUUUUUUUUUUUCUCCAAGACAUUUUAGUUCACAAUCUAACAUAAUCAUUUUUUUUUACUUUUCAUAGUGGCUAUGGUAACUGGUUCCCUGGAAGCAAGCCUCUGAUCCAGCAGGCCAUGGCCAAAAUCAUGAAGGCCAACCCUGCCCUGUACGUGCUCAGAGAGCGCAUUCGCAAAGGUCUACAGCUGUACUCCUCAGAGCCCACUGAGCCCUACCUGUCCUCACAGAACUACGGUGAACUCUUCUCCAACCAGAUCAUCUGGUUCGUCGAUGACACCAAUGUGUACCGAGUCACCAUUCACAAGGUGCGGUGUGACGGUUGAUGAAAAAUCAGUGUACCCUCAUAAGGCACAAUGAUCUCAUUUGUAAACCAAUAUAUAGAGCUUCUGCUUUUUUGAUUUGUCUCAUUAAAUAUUAAUUCUUCUCAACAGACCUUUGAGGGUAACUUGACCACAAAGCCUAUCAACGGGGCUAUCUUCAUCUUCAACCCCAGGACCGGUCAGCUCUUCCUCAAGAUCAUUCACACCUCUGUGUGGGCUGGACAGAAACGUCUUGGACAGGUACCAACAUUAACUACCACUACUCACUUGUGUCACAAUUAUAAGCUUUUCUUAUUUUACUGACUUAUAUAUUGUCAAAUGAUGCUAAUACCUUUUAACUGUGGUGGUACAAAAUCUAACAUCUGUUUUUUCUAAAGUCAAAGCACUUUAACCUUUUAAUGUACUUGCUUUAUAAACUUAAAUUCUCACCCUCUUGUCAGUCACUGCUUGGGUAUUUGGCAGUAGUGUUGAAAUUUGUUUUCCCAAAGUUGAACUCUAUCCUGUUUUGCCCCUGUAGCUGGCCAAAUGGAAGACAGCUGAAGAGGUGGCUGCCCUGAUUCGCUCCCUCCCUGUGGAGGAACAGCCCAAACAGAUCAUUGUGACCAGGAAGGGCAUGUUGGACCCUCUGGAGGUGAGACUCCUUCAGACUAACAACUGAUGUGUUCAUUUCAAGCUUUAUGGGAUCGCCUAAGAAUACAAUAUCUGCAGGUUAAAUAGUUCAUCACAACAGUUUUAACCAGUUGCUGUUUCUGUGCAGGUCCACUUGCUCGACUUUCCCAACAUUGUGAUCAAAGGCUCUGAGCUGCAGCUACCUUUCCAGGCCUGCCUGAAGGUGGAGAAGUUUGGAGACCUGAUCCUGAAGGCCACAGAGCCUCAGAUGGUGUUGUUCAACCUCUACGAUGACUGGCUCAAGACCAUCUCAUCCUACACAGUUAGUUUCACGCUAUAUCAAAAGUUCAUACCUGUCCUAGUGUGUCUAAUUUCUAAAUUAAACUCAUUUGAUUGGUUUCAUGUUGAAAUGCAUCUUAUCUCCGUGUGUAAAUAGUUUGUUUUUGGUGAUCUGCCCCACGUCUAGGCCUUCUCUCGACUCAUCCUGAUCCUCAGAGCACUGCAUGUCAACAACGACCGUGCCAAGGUGAUCCUGAAACCUGACAAAACAACCAUCACUGAGCCCCAUCACAUUUGGCCCACGCUCACUGAUGAGGAGUGGAUCAAGGUGGAAGUGCAGCUCAAAGAUCUCAUUCUGGCAGAUUACGGCAAAAAGAACAAGUAAGCAUCGAUUCAUGGAUUUGUAUAGUAUUAACAAAUAUUCUAAGCUUUCCUACUCUACUAUCUGAGUGAACAGAAUAAAACCAGGCCCGCCUUUAAAUAGUCAAUACUUCCCUUUUCUUCAUUCAGUGUGAACGUGGCCUCCCUGACUCAGUCUGAGAUCCGUGACAUCAUCCUCGGUAUGGAGAUCUCCGCUCCUUCUCAGCAGCGUCAGCAGAUUGCAGAGAUUGAGAAGCAGACUAAAGAGCAGUCACAGCUCACGGCCACACAAACCAGAACCGUCAACAAGCACGGCGAUGAAAUCAUCACCUCCACCACCUCCAACUACGAGACCCAGACUUUCUCUUCCAAGACCGAGUGGAGAGUCAGGUGUGCAGAUAGUUUCAUACUCUGUUUUGAGACACUUAAUCAUUUUUGAGUUUUUUAACUUGAAAGGAAUAAAAAACUGUUUGUUUCGUCUCAUCUCAGGGCCAUAUCUGCUGCCAACCUCCAUCUCCGAACCAACCACAUCUACGUGUCGUCUGAUGACAUCAAAGAGACAGGCUACACCUACAUCCUGCCUAAGAAUGUCCUCAAGAAGUUCAUCUGUAUCUCAGAUCUGCGAGCACAGGUACAUGGGGGUUCUGAAUACAGCAGUUUUGCAUGAUCUCUUUAAAAUGAUCUCUUUUACUGAUCUGUACUUUGAUUUGUGUCCUAUGUUUUGUGUCAAGCAGAUAAACAAAACCAUUCUGCUCUGUUUUAGAUUGCAGGCUACCUGUAUGGCACCAGCCCACCAGACAACCCUCAGGUGAAGGAGAUCCGUUGUAUCGUUAUGGUGCCGCAGUGGGGAACUCACCAGACAGUCCACUUACCCAACCAGCUGCCUGGUCAUGAGUACCUAAAAGUAAGACGUUUGCUUGACCUUGUUUGCACCUUUUUCAUGGGUGCUUCUUGGUUUGAAUGGCUGUUAGGUUUUAGGUACUUUAUUUGUUGUUGGGGAUUUUUUUUAAAACGACUCCUUCAAACAGGAAAUGGAGCCUCUCGGUUGGAUCCAUACACAGCCAAAUGAGUCGCCUCAGCUGUCCCCGCAGGAUGUCACCACCCAUGCUAAAAUCAUGGCAGAUAACCCGUCGUGGGAUGGAGAGAAGACCAUUAUCAUCACCUGCAGGUAAGUUUUAAAGAAGACACUUGAUUUAUUUUUAACAUGUCUGAUGUUUGACAGUCAGGUAGUCAGCACAUAUGUAAAGUAAAUCACAUCUUAAUCUAUUAAAAUUAGUUGCAACAUAAAAUGUCACUCUGUUGCAAUGCUGUACUGAACACAGAUUGGAAAGUGUUGUCAGUUGGUGAAAAUAAUCUUGCUUCCUGUUUCCAGUUUCACCCCCGGCUCAUGCACGCUAACAGCCUACAAGCUCACACCCAGUGGUUAUGAAUGGGGUCGACAGAACACAGACAAGGGCAACAACCCGAAAGGUUACCUGCCGUCUCACUAUGAGAGAGUGCAGAUGCUGCUCUCUGAUCGCUUCCUGGGCUUCUUCAUGGUGCCUGGCCAGGUGUCCUGGAACUACAACUUCAUGGGUCAGUAGAUACUUUAUUUUAAUUGAAUUAAGUUUUAUUUCAUGCCUUUUUAAUACAAUAACUUUUAUGGUCUACUUUUUAGAUUUGUAUCUUUGUCAUCCUCAUUACUCGUGUUUGAACCCUGUUGGAUUCCUACAAAAUUGGCUGAAUAGGUGACUUCCUAACUUUUUAACCAUUCGAAUUUUUUCUUGUUGCAGGUGUGCGGCAUGACCCUAACAUGAAGUAUGACCUGCAGCUCGCCAACCCCAAAGAGUUCUACCAUGAAGUCCACAGGCCGUCACACUUCCUGAACUUUGCCUCCCUGCAGGAGGGUGAGAUCUACAACGCGGACCGUGAGGACAUGUACGCCUAAGAUCUGGAAGUCUCUGUCGGUAUCAUGUUGAGCCAGUGCAGACCAACCCUUGUAAUAUUUCUAUCGAACACACGCAGCUGUGAUGUUUGGAAUUUUUUAUGUAAAGUUUUUAGGAAGUGUAAGGUGUCUCGUUCUCUUUAUUGAUAUUUUCUACAAAUGUUUUUUCUUUAGUCUCUCUUUGUUUCAUCCAUAAUUCAAGUAAAGCUGUGUCAGUAUGUGGUUUCUGGUAUUACCCACAUUUGUGUGUAGUUUCAGUACACAAAUUCAGUGUAAUAUUUGAUUGUGAAAUGUUGUUUAAAACGGGUAAAGCUGUACUUCCCCAUAAAUAUUUGAGAAAUGAAACUGAAAGUUGUUUCCAGAAAUGCCCUUUUGCGUUGUACACUGUACACCCCGUGACAUUGUAGUUUUUUUUGCUUUAAAUAAACACAAUUUCUAUGAGUAUUCGUCA